AUGUCUAAUAAGGGAGCUAAAAUUGCUACGUUUGAAGGUAUCCGUAACUUUCGAUUCCGUCUUGUGUUAGCUACCUUGGCCGGUACCCCCAUUAAGAUUGCUAAAAUUAGAUCAACUGAAUUAAAUCCAGGUUUGAAAGAUCACGAAGUAUCUUUCUUAAGACUACUUGAAGCCACCACAAACGGGUCACAAAUUGAAAUUUCUUACACCGGUACAACCGUGAUAUUUCGGCCAGGCAUAAUAACUGGUGGGGAGUUGACUCAUAACUGCCCCCAUGGAAAACCCAUCAGUUACUUUCUAGAGCCAAUGUUAAUGCUUGCACCAUUUUCUAAGAAGAAAUUCUCCAUUAUUUUCAAAGGAUUAACUAGUUUGGGAUCCAAUGACAUCGAAAUCGAUAGCUUGAAAUGGGGGAUGAUUCCCUUAAUGGAAAAAUUCGGUAUUCGUGAAGUAUCUAUACACAUAUUGAAAAAAGGUGCUCCUCCAGUAGGAGGAGGUGAAGUACAUUUAAGAUGUAAUUCGUUGAUACCUCAACCAUUAACAAUCCAUGCCCUCGAAGAGCCAAAGUUUUCUGCUAUUCGUGGUGUUGCCCACUGUGCUCGUGUUUCUCCUUCAGUGGUGAAUAGAAUUAUCGAACAAGUAUGUGAAGUUCUUCGUCCGACAGGAGUCCAAGUGAACAUUUCAGCAGACGUUUGGAGAGGAGACAAUAGUGGAAAGUCUCCAGGUUUUGGUCUUAUUCUUGUGGCUGAACUGAAACAGGGAUGGAGAAUAUUUACCGAUGGAGUUGGGACGCCUGGAAGCCUUCCGGAAGAUUUGGCCAAAGAAGUUUCCUAUAAGCUUUUAGAGGAGCUUUCCCAAAGUUCUGUAGUUGGCAGAAGACAACUAAUGAUGGCUACCUGUUUCAUGGCCAUUGGGAAAGAAGAUGUGGGAAGAAUGAAGAUUCACAAAAACCAAGUCGAUGAGAACUUGAUUUGGCUUCUCAGAGAUAUAAAGACUGUGUUAGGCACAGAGGCAUUUUUGAAGGAGGAUGACAGUGACGAUGGAUUCAUUCUUUCAAUCAAAGGUGUCGGAUUCACAAACGCAUCAAAGAAAAUUGCUUAA